CUUCUCUUCCACACAGCACAGGCGCUACAGCCCAAACGAGAAGACGGCCAAGAGAAGACACCAUCGGCGCACGAGACUUGCGGCGCCCACCAACCUCGACGCGCCGGAACCCUAGCCAGCCAGCCAGCCAGCCAGCCGCCCAUGGGUAUCGCCGGAGGGCGGCGCCAGUAGCGGGAAACGGGAGGAGGAGGAGGAGGAGAGCGGAAGCGGAACCCGCGCGCGCGGUGUAGAUUAGGAGGGGAGGAGGGGCGAGAUGUCUGUGCGGAUCAAGGCGGUGGUGGACAGGUUCGUGAAGGAGCUGCAGGAGGCGCUGGACGCGGACAUCCAGGACCGCAUCAUGAAGGAGCGGGAGAUGCAGAGCUACAUCCAGGAGCGCGAGCGCGAGGUCGCCGAGAGGGAGGCCGCCUGGAAGGCCGAGCUCUCCCGCCGCGAGGCUGAGAUUGCGCGGCAAGAGGCGAGGCUGAAGAUGGAAAAAGAGAACCUGGAGAAGGAAAAAAGCGUCCUCAUGGGAACCGCCUCCAAUCAAGACAACCAGGACGGAGCCCUCGAGAUCACCGUCAGCGGCGAGAAGUACAGGUGCCUUCGUUUCUCCAAGGCGAAGAAGUGACAGGACGAACGAGGCGCCGAGGAGACGGCCGUGUACUGAAGUAGGGGUAGAUCUGUGUACCAAAUCGCCAGCGUUGGGCCUGAUUUUGAUUCAAAUUGGAUUCUUUCUGUACAGGGAAUUCUUAAGAUGUGCGUUGUGCGCAAUAAAAUGCAUAGCAGCUCAUGCCGAGCUAAGGAUUUUCAUUA